GCGGCGGCGGCGGCGGCGGCGGCUGUAUUUUCCGGGGUGUUCGCUGCGCAAGACAUGAGCAAGACCCUCGUCAGACGCACGUGGGACGGUCGUCGGCGGAAAUGUAAAAACAGCCUGCGGUAGAGCGCGCGCUGUUCGUAGCCGCAAGAUUCGUUGUUGCAGCGACUGGAGCUCUCCAGUCGGGACAAAGGAGCCGCUCAGCUACCGCGUUUCUCUGUGUACUCAGCGUUUGCUUGGCCAUGGCAGCUUUCCGGCGGGACACUACGAAGCGACGAUGGGCUGCGAAAAGUGUCAUUGUGACUGCAUUGGUGGCAUUUGCUAGAACUUCAAAAAUUGAAGCUCGGGCUGCACCGGGAGAUUUCAACCUCUGGGGCAUGGCCACUGGGGCUAGGUCGGUUGAAGUCGUCGUCUUCGUACCAGAGGAGAAGAAUGGGCUGCUGGAUUCGUGCUUCGGCACGCUGUCGGGUCCAGACCAAGAACGCCACUUCAGUUGCGAUGACCACGGAGGCAAGUCAUCCACGGUCACGUUGAAGGGACUCGAACCGGAGACAGAGUACAACUGUACCGUCACAUUCCUCAACGAGCUGGACGACUGCGAAGAAGCAACUAGAACAAAGUCUAUUGUGAUAAAGACGCAGGCUGAACCGACGGAACCGGAUCCGAGCUCCACCACUAGGCCCAACCGAGAUGAAGCUGCUGCUGGCAUGAUUUUUUUACCGACGCCUAAAGUGAUCAUUUUCUCCACGUCUACACUUGUCGCUCUGUGGCAGCGACACAUGAGCAGCAAUUGUAUGAACUGCGGAUCAGCUUGAAUAGCCGUUUCUGAAAUCCCCACCCACUAUAGGUUGAAAACUAAGCAAAUUACAAACAAUGAUGUGGAAGAUGUUCAAGAAGGCAACAUUUGAUUCAUUUUGUUACAAAAGAAGUGACGUACAGUAGAAUCAGUACUUAUUUUGAGUGUUUGUUUCUAUGCUGCUGAAGGUUUCCCACCUGCGGAGUCAUCAGUGGGUGCAGAGGAAGCUCGUUUCACAUGUUUACUUAAUUUAUGAUUGCUAGGAGGUACAGGAAAAGAUGUGUAGCUCUGUUACCUUCUAUUCAUAGGUUGUGCUGAGUCAGCUAAGGAUGCGCUGUCACCUUCUCUUCAUAGGUUGUGCUGAGCCAGCUAAGGAACAAGCUUGUGUCAAUAACUUUUCACUGGACUCAUUGCAUUACAUAUGUGAAACAUGCACUACCGCAAUCUAGAAUAAAAAACAGAAAUGGAACCGAGGACGGAUUGUAGGUAGCACGUGUCUAGCGUUUUCAGUUACUGAGAAUGACUGAGUGCGUAGGUGCAUGAUUUUUGUUCUUUAGUUUGCCAAUUUCGCGAAUGCGCAUGAAUACGUCAUUAAAAUUGUCCUUGGGAUUCCGAUCUGAAUUGUGACUCUAAUUAGCAGAGCCACCAUUCUUUGGAAAUAUUUGGUGACGGUAAUGCGAUCAUCAGUCAUUCCUAUGAUAGAUGUAGGUGAUCUUUUAUGUACUAAAUUGAUUAUAUGGACAAUAAUUGCAUGCCUGUGCCUUAUCCUUAUCUCAUGCGUAAAUCGCUGAACCUUAAGGACACAUCAUCAGAUGCGCGAAUCGGCAAUUUUGCUGCCAGCUGCCGUGACAAACGAUACCAGGACAAAUAUUUAUUGUUGUAUUUACUGCAUCCCAAUUGAAACACGGUAGCUCCACCAUCUCUAUUUUCCUGGCUGCAACUUUGUCGCAAUGACAAUACAUAAAGAGCGCGCACAUGACUCAGGACAGUCAAUAAUGGAUAGGGUGCAAUCACUCUAAUAUAUUUUUAAAGCUACAUGCCUCUUGUGCCCAUUUGGCCGACACAUUCUGAGGCAAGGGACACAAAGGGGAACAGGUAAAUAUGACAUAAACAGUAGCGAGAGGCACAGUGUAAAAUCAUAAGGGAAUGGCUGGGAGGUAAGCCAUCCUGAAAAGGGUACGCUGAGAUUAGAACAGAGAAGUGUCUAGUUUGCACACACAAACAAUCAAGCAAUCAUCGCUGAAUCAUUCACAAGCAGUAAGAUAAGCUUGUGAAAUUAAGGAAACGAGGCCGCGCUUUUGUGGCUUCGUACAUAGCAAACAAACGAGGCCAUGGUCCAAAUACAUUCUGUAAUGUGAACGGCCUGUCAUCUAAGUGCCCUAAAACUGUCCGACGAGAAAUCGUUUAUUUUUGUAUGUUGGACACUCGCACAGAAGAGGUUUGAUCGUUUCUUUUAGACUGCUUGUGUGUCAAGUAGCACUUUACGUGAUUACAAUAAGGAAUGAAUAGGCACUUAGUCGCACUUAGAAAGCACGUAGUCGCCGUUGGCACAGUAACGUUUUUUCCGUCCAAUAAAACUGUGUGAAAGUUGUAAUCUCAUAUGUGCGCCUUUUGCAAUCAAGUGCUAGUUAGUGAACUCUCGCGUAUUACAUUUUCUUAAAAGUUUAUUAUAGCAAGACUGCUGAAGUACCACGCUACAUCCGUUCUCGACAAUGGUAUCGACGUGCACCCACACUUUCCAUGUGCCUCGCUGGCAGCCUUGUCGGUUUUUUCAAUGCCAAGAAUGUUGCACUUCUUAUGAAGCCACUGAAAUUUUAUAUCGUGGCUUUUGUCCACUGCUUGAUGGUAGGGUUAUUGUAUCCCUACCGCCAAUUGUUCGUGUGGACCACGACACGGAUCUAAUAAGAGCGAUUGUAGGGCUGCCUUUAAAUCGCAGAAUUUAGCGCAGUUAUUGGGUGACUGUUGAUGUAAAUAAAGC